UUUGUUUGACAGUGACAGGAGAGGAAACUGACGGUGCUUAGGUUGCACGAAAUUUUACAACUCGAAUCAAAAAUAAAUAACUCAAAGCCACAUUUUAGAUUAUAACAGUUUUUUUAGACGUAACUAUCUGUAUUAAACUAGUAGCUGUAAUUUAACACCAUAGUAUAAUUUCUUGAACAGUAAUCUUGAGCAAGAAUGUCGCUGGAAACCGUACCAAAAGAUCUCCGAGGGUUACGGGCUUGUUUAGUGUGCUCUCUAAUAAAGACCUUCGAUCAAUUUGAAUACGAUGGGUGCGACAAUUGUGACGAAUUUCUUCGUAUGAAGAAUAAUAAAGACAAUGUUUAUGAUUGCACUAGUAAUAAUUUUGAUGGAAUGAUUGCUGUGAUGAGUCCUGAAGAUAGUUGGGUGUGCAAAUGGCAACGCAUAAAUCGAUUUUGCAAAGGGGUGUAUGCCAUAUCGGUUUCUGGCCGAUUACCAGCUGGUGUCAUCAGAGAGAUGAAGAGCCGAGGCUAUGUGUACAGGCCCAGAGACACCAGUCAGAGAUAAUAGGCUAUAUCUGUAUAUUUAAGAACUAAUUAAAUAAUUAUUAUGCCACU